UCGCUUCCUCUCCUGCUCUCUGGGAUUCUUCCUCCUUCCAAACAAACCGAGAAUUACCUGCUAAAACACUGUGCAGCUUCUUUGUUAUUGUGUGGGAGUGGGGUCAGCGGACAUUGUUCCAAACCCAGACACUAAUCUGCACUUGCGCCGCUUUGGAUACCUCGGGAAAUGGCUCUUCCAACCUAACCUCAGCCUCUUUGUUGUGCUGCUUUUGGGGGACUUGGAUGGACAUUUUCUGGAUUUGGAUAUUUCAAAAGGGUACACAUUCUACACGGAGACACGCUGGAUAAGAUGGUGCCCCUGCAAAAAAGGGAUCAGUUUGACAACUUGGAGAAGCAUACACAGUGGGGGAUCGAAUUUGUGGAGAAGUACACCAAAUUUGUAAAGGAGAGGUCAGAGAUCGAAACCAACUAUGCAAAACAAAUUAGGAAUUUAUCAAAGAAGUAUCAACCCAAGAAGAACUCUCGAGAGGAGGAAGAGAGCAAGUACUCCUUCUGUCGAGCCUUCCUGACGUCACUUAAUGAGUUAAAUGACUACGCGGGUCAACACGAGGUUAUAUCGGAGAACCUGACGUCUCAAAUCAUCACCGAGCUUUCACGCUACCUGCAGGAGCUCAAGGCUGAGAGAAAAUCGCACUUCCAUGAUGGGCGUAAGGCACAGCAGCACAUUGAGAGCUCGUGGAAACAGCUGGAAUCGUGUAAAAGAAGGUUUGAGAGGGACUGCAAGGAGGCAGAUAGAGCACAGCAAUACUUUGAGAAGAUGGAUGCUGACAUUAACGUGACUAAGGCUGACGUGGAAAAGCGAAGUUCCCACAAGGCACGACAGCAAGCUCAGAUGAGGCACCAGAUGGCUUCGGACAGUAAGGGCGAAUACUCCUCCUACCUGCAAAAGUUCAACCAGGAGCAGAAUGAACAUUACUAUACAGUUAUCCCCAACAUAUUCCAGAAACUUCAAGACAUGGAGGAGAAAAGAAUCGACAGGAUAGGAGUGUGCAUGAAGACGUUUGCAGACGUGGACCGCCAAGUGCUGCCCAUCGUGGGGAAAUGUUUAGACGGCAUGACGAAAGCUGCAGAGUCCAUCGAGCCCAAGACUGACUCGAAGCAGGUGGUGGAGUCCUACAAGUCCGGGUUCGAGCCCCCGGGAGAUGUGGAGUUUGAGGAUUACGGCCAAGCCAUGAAAAGAACUGCAUCCGAGACCAGCCUGUCCAACGCCAGAGACAAGGAGAGGCCUGCUGGCAAGAGCAAGGGCAAACUGUGGCCUUUCAUUAAGAACAAGAACAAGCUUAUGUCCCUGUUAACGUCCCCCCACCAGCCCCCACCUGCCCCCCCAGCCUCAUCCCCGCCCUCACCCUCUGCUGUUCCCAACGACCCCCAGUCUCCCAAGCAGCAAAAGGAGCCCCUCUCCCACCGCCUCAACGACUUCAUGACCUCCAAACCCAAAAUGCACUGCCUCCGGAGCCUGAGGCGAGGGCAGCAAUCCCCGCGCUCGCUCAUUUGUCACAAAGAGCUUAUGAAGAGGACUCUGGGUCGGCCCACAUAUGCUUUCGAAGCCAGACAAUAUGUUCUUUCUCUCAAGCUGAUCACACUCAAUUCCCACGUCCGGAAUCUCAUUGAGGGUUCUGGACCAGAGGACUUCAGCCACUUGCCACCAGAACAGAGGAGGAAGAAGCUGCAGGGGAAGAUAGAUGAGCUGAAUAAGGAUAUUCAAAAAGAGAUGGACCAGAGGGACGCUCUAACUAAGAUGAAAGACGUGUACGUGAAGAACCCUCAGAUGGGGGACCCGGCCAGCGUCGACCCUCGGCUAUCAGAAAUAGCCCAGAACAUCGAGAAGCUCCAGUUUGAAACGCAGAAAUUUGAGGGCUGGUUAGCAGAGGUGGAGGAAAGGAUGCCAUCCAAGAGUGAUACUCACCGGAGAAGUGGACUCUAUGAGACCCAGAACAACACAACAGUGAGCAACAACUGUGCACAGGACAGAGAGAGCCCGGAUGGCAGCUACACGGAGGAGCAGAAUUCAGAGACUCAGGUCAAAGCCAACAUCAACCCCAUCCCCCCCACCUCCAGCACGCCAGAGUUCGACGAUGAGUUUGACGACGAGGAGACCCUGCCCACCAUCGGCACCUGCAAAGCCUUGUACCCGUUUGAAGGUCAUAACGAGGGCACCAUCUCAGUGGCAGAGGGCGAGCUGUUGUACGUCAUAGAAGAAGACAAAGGAGACGGUUGGACACGAGUCCGCAGAAACGAGGACGAGGAGGGAUACGUCCCCACAUCCUACGUCGAGGUCUUUUUGGAAACAAAUGCCAAAGGUGCUAUGACAUACAUUUAACUUAGCAAGUGUGUGUUUCUGUAACUGUGAGUCAGUACAUUUCCACUCACGGCUACAAGACUGGGGCAAGUUAUAGAGAUUGUUACUGGUAGCUCAGAUAAGACCACACACACACACACACACACACACACACACACACACACACACACACAUACACACACACAGACUUCCUGUCUCUCUCAGAGGGAAGGACCAAUCAGAUUGUGCCUCAUGUCGGUUGCUGUUGCUGAUAGUGUGAGUGUGUGUCACUGUUCACUGUUGAGCUCUGAAAACAUUUGGUAAUGUUUAGGAAAUGACACUGAAUGCGAGCUGAGCCAGACGGGUGUUGUGUACAAGAAGGAAGUGUGUGAAAAGAAGCUUCUAGUUCCUCACUUCCCAUUCACUGCUGUGCCACCUAGUGGUCACACAAAAUAACACAUCAGUCAAAGCUGAGCAUGACAGGACGAAUCACCUACAGACAAUGAUCACAUGUACAUUUCAAACACAAAGUACUUGAUUUCUUUUAUAUAUAUUUUGUGGGUUUUUUUGUUAAGAUUUCAGAUAACAGUAUUCCACUCAAAUUCACAUGCUUUUAAUGAUGAUCCACAAACUCAGAAGAAUUAGUAUGUUAAUAAGUCUGAGCUGCGUGAAUGUAUGCAGCAAGUGAAAGUUAUUGUGUUUUGGUCACUUGUUGUCCCCUAAACGGAAAAGCAUGCUCAAUGUGCAAUCACGCAGACGUUAUUUCAAUCUACUGUAAAUUAUGAAUACAUAUAAAAAGAUAUUUUUGUAGGCUAAACAGAAGAAAAAAAUAAAAAAUGCGCCCCCUUCAAAAUGUUGCAUGCUGUAGAUUAAUCAUAGUGCUGUUACAACAUGAGAGUUGUGAAAGUAAUUAUUCUGCCCUAGUUAGGGGUAAUUUUAUAAAAAAAAAAUUAAUGAAAUUUAGUAACUUAUAGCCCUCUUAAAAUGUACUUUCUUUUCUUUUUUUAAUUCACCUUUUUUAAUUGAUAGUGUCGGGCUGUUCUGGUCCUUUUUUCCAGGCCAGUGGUAAAGGAUUAAAGGACUGAGAGUUAGCUGUACUAAGCUAUAUGGUGAGACUGGGCUGAGAUAUGGAGCUGGUCAUGACUUUAAAGCUUUGUGGUUUUCUUGUAGCACCUCCGUGCAUUUACUGUAAAAGCAUGGUGUUUACGGCCUCUGUGUCAUUUCAACUCUGCAGAGACAUUUUGAGCCUGUUUAGACCUGACAUUAACAUGCAUCCUGGGUGAUCCAACAACAAGUAGACAGCUUUAAAAACAUCUAUUUGCAUAUAGAUCACUAAAUUUGAUCUGGAGUAAACACAUGGCUAAUACAGCAUGAUUACAUGAACAUGAAUCUGUGCACAUAUCUAGACUUUUAAACUGUGUGACAGUAAUGCUGAGCUAGUGCAGUUUGCAGGAAGUUGUUCUUCUGCAAGACACAACAUUUAUUUUCCAAAACACCUGCAUCUGAGAUAGUUGGAUAUGCAAAUAUGUCAAUUUAAAACUAAAAACUAAAAGGUUACCAUUUGCCAGUGGUCCCUGCAGACCUCUGUGCUGCUGAAACCACUGCUUAUGCUGUUAAUGUGUCAGAUAUGUGUAGAGCAACGAAAUCACCAAAACAUUCAAAACAAAAGAUUUGCUUUCAGUGGUUUCUGUGACAUGAGAAACACAGCAGGCAGGAAUGCACUUUGUUUACUUGCAGAGUGCUUGGCUGCUUGUCUAUUUACAUGAGGAUCGGCAUGAAUCUCCCCAGGUCAAAGAGUCAGUUAAGUAGGCAGUCCUUAAUGUGGCCCAGGACACAUUCAUAUCCACACAUCUCAAAGAAUGUGAUCUCAAAUGCGUCCUCAAGGCGUUCCAAACGCGUUCUCACCUGUACCCAGAGAUGUAAACUUGUGGUCAGAUCACGCAUGUUAAUUUUAGGUCGGAACAGAGCCUCUGUGCUACUUUUCAAGAUUGGCUUUGACUCAGAAAUCAUCUUUCAUAACUCAUUACACAAGCCUUUGUUUAACUCCUUUUAUCACUUUUUUGCAAUCAGCUUUGAUGGCUUGUAACUGACACAGCAUGAGGUUCUUGUGCAGGAUGUCAUUUCACGCCAGAGCUGUAAAUACACAUUUCACGUCUCCUGCAGUUUUUGAAAUCGAACAGCAUCUGAAAUGUGUUGCAUGCUGCAGCAUUUGUGGGAUUUUAUGUCCUCGUCAUGACCCGAAUUUCAGCAUGUUGUGACAAAGUGAAGUGGCUGUAUUCUCAAAUUGGAAGAAGCUGAAAGGUUUUUAGUUAAACACAUAAAUAUUUGUUAAUUGAAGUCUUUGACACAUUCAGUGUGUGCAGAUUAAACAGCAUUAUCUGUCAGUUUAAAGUAGUUUUAUACACACACAACUUCUUUCUUCCUCUUCUCCAUAUCUGAAUGUUUGGGUGUCGAUUUACCUUUAAAACCAUCUAACUUUUCUUUUUGUCAUUUUUUUUUGUUUGUCCGUAUUUUUCUUUUUUUUUUCUUUUUUAUUGCAGAUUCCUAAAAGUGUGAGGCUGGCUGAGGAAUGGCAGGGCAAGCAGCCUCGGAGAAGCCACCGUGUUCUUCCUCACGCGCUCACAGAGUCAGAGAGAGAAAGUGAAAGAUGACCCGAAUCUGAUUUGAACGCAUCUCAAUUUCCAAACCAUUACAAAACAAAACUUAUCGGCAGCGUUGCGCCUUCCUCUGCAGAACUCUGCGAUAAGAGAAAUCCAUCUAAAUUUUAGCGCUCAUAACCUUUUCCAUUCUUAACACCCAUACAGCAGUCACAACCACAGUAUACAAUUUGCUUUUUGUUGUUUUCAGCAAAGCUUUGCUUCUUAAUGUAACUAACUCUGCUUGCACCACGCGCGGUCAUGAACGUGGCUGUUGGCUUCCUCACUCUGAACGCCUCCCCCGGCUCUGCCACUUCUUUAUCCUUACCUUUGCCCCCAUUGCACACACACACACACGGCGGAGGGUGUGGUCAGAGACAGGAUGGAGACCAGCAGGAGCCUUAAGGACAAAAGACCUGCACCUUCAUCUGGCGGUGUGUAUGUGUGUGAACUCCUCACUCACUCUUUGACUCAGAGGAGAAUCAUCUACCCACAUCUGGAGCUUUAAAACCUUCAUGAUCACCCCUCUACCACUAAAAUCAGCUCCAUUUUUGCAGGUUUCAGAAGAAGAAGGUGCUAAUCAUCUUUCUGUAUGUUAUAUACUUCUGUUGUGUCUGUUUGAGCUGAAUGUUUGUAUGCAUCAGUGUUGUCACGAUACUGGAGUUUCUAACUUUGUUACAAUACCUUUUAAAAAAACACUGGGAAAAGCUGGCAACAUUGAGGGCAUAAAAUGUGAGGUUUUUUAUUCAAAGAUUAAUAUUAGAAGGCCAUUAACAAGACAUGGCAUCGUGGUUUCAUUCCCAACUUGUCAGAUUGAGUGAACAAACCCAGAUUUCGUGUGAACCAAGAGUCAAAGUUGUUAUUUGGAGUCAACUGGCAUGGCAAUAAAUUAUUAUAGAAUGAGAAGAGUGGUGAGAAGAGAGCACAGUAAGUGAGAGGAGGCGGGGCUAUAUAGUGCCUAUAACCUUAGGAUACAGAGGCUACGAUACGUAUAACAAUACUCGAUUUUAAAUUACAAUCAUGUCCUACAUAGAAUUUACUACAUCUGUUCUUUAUUAUUCUAUAUUUCAGUGAUUGCACAACCUUAACACUUUAAAUUCAGGCCGACAGAUCUUCAAAGUAAUAAAAAUUAUAAUAAAGCUAAAGUUACUUUAAAGGCAAAUAAAAAUAUUUGCACACUUUUAAACGUAAAAUGGCCUUUCUGUGGCCUAGUAAUGGGCUUGUAACUGAAAGGUUCGGCGGUUCGAAUCCCCGACUUCCCUGGGCAAGGCACCUAAUACCCUACUGUCCUAGAUGGAUGGGUUUAAUGCACAGGAAAAAUUCACUACUCGCUGUGUCGGUGUACGUAUACAAAAAAAAAAAUUAAUAAUCUUGCUGCGUUAUCAUCACAGUAGCCUCUGCACCGAUACACAUGUCAGUAAGGAAUACUUCACAGUAUUGCCAUAUCAGUUAUUGAGAGAAGCCUUAAAGUGUGCUGCAGCGGUGUGUGUCGGAGAGAAGAGAGAGCAGAAAAGCGUAUUGAAACAGUUGAAACAUUCAGUAUCGAUAAAUUGAUAUUUUUGACAACACUAGUAUGUCUGUCUUAUUUUAAAGAUCUUGUGUGUUGUAAAGUCCAGUUUUCUCCACACCACAACCACCCCUACAUAUCCAGGACCAGCUGGAGAGAAAGAGAUGGACGCCUCGCCAUCUUUCUCAUCCUCCAACUCUUGUCUUGUCACUGGUGUCUGUUCCUGUCUCUGACCACACCCUCCCUCACCUCCACCUCAACGGCCUUUCCCCUCCUGAGGCGGCUCAGGCUCUCCCUUGGCUGCUUUGAGCCCCCUCCUCCCCCCCCUUUUUUAUUUAAUUUUUUUGCAAUAGCAGGGGGCCUCUCAGCGUUGUGGUGUGCUGCAUGCUUGCCCUGUCUUCCUCCUCGCCCCUCUGCUGGCAACCUGGAGCAGGUGUCGGGGGGUUACGGCCUCUCUCACCUCCAGCUUUUCUGUUAAGUUAACCCUCAUUGCCUGGUCGUACUGUUUGGAUUAACCUGAAUGCUACUGUUUGGGUUCGGUGCCUGUGUUUUUUUUAAAAUCUCUUUUUGUUCAGACAGCAUGUUUUUAACAGCGACUGAGUGAUCUCCUCCCAGCGUUCCCCAGUUUAAUCUCACAAACUGUCAGUAAAAGGACGAUAGGGACCCGAAAUGUUGUUUAUUUCUGAACGAUCUCAUGCAUAGAUAGGUCAUGGAUGUCUCGUGCAUUUGUUUUACUGUAAGUACACAGUACAGUAUGUAUGUAAAAAUGUUAGUAUUGUAUGUUUUGAUCAGAGUGUCUAACACAAGUUGUUGUUAGUUUACAGUUAAUCAGCUGAGUGGAAAAUGUCUCCGCUUGGUCCAAGCAACAGUUUCACCCAAAAAUACCACCUAUGAAGUUAUGAUUUACCUGAUGUUUUUAGGAUGGUCCACUAAAACUGUCUACUGUAUAUGAAAAUAUACUGUGAUCCAUAUUUUUGUGACUGAAAUGUGACCCACCUGUUUUGGGUUUUUUCGGAGAGAAAGGAUGAUUUUAUGAUGAAAGGAAUAAGAUGUGAUUUUCUCAAAAAACAAAGUUUGGGGGCAAAUUUCAGAGUUUUUAUAAUCAAUGUCCACUGAUUCCCCCCUUCCUGCUCAACGGCACAUAAUGUACGUGAUUUUAACAUUUUUGUUUUGUUUUAUAUAUUUGAUGAGAUUCAGCUUUCUGUUUUGUUUUCUAAAGCUGGAAGUCUAUGUUGUAGCUUAUUCUGCCUGAACGGGACUGAAAUCCCUUAACUGCAAAUAUGAGUAACAAUGAAAUUGUUUUGAAUGAAGCCAUUCUUAAAUAUUCAUCUGAUGCAGCAUGUUACGAACAUUUGGACUCCUAAUGGAAGGAAUGAUCAAAUCCCUGCUGAAUCGAGCUUAAAAAGUACCACGUUGUGCUUGUUUCACCACCCAUCGCUCGAUAUGUCAAGAUAUCAAACAAGCCACUUUUGUUCCUCACAUUUUUUUAUUUUUACAAUGAUAAAUCUGAUGAUCGCUCUGCAAUGA